AAAAAAAAAGUAAAGUUUUUAAAAGACGUCUGACUUUUCUAAAAGAAUAUAAAAUUUCAUUCUUCGACCCGAAAUAAAUAAUAAUUUGCAGGUAAUUCAAAAACAUAUGGUCCUUCGAGAUAUGCAAAGAAACAACCCCAUGGAUAGCAUGAAUGCAAGCAAAUCUGUUCAAAACCUGAGGUACAGUCAAAGAUUGAAAGAAAAGAAAGAGAAGCUAGAGGCUAAAUCUGAUGUAGUCGUGACAGCAGUUGAAGGUCAAGGAGCAAUCAGAAAAUCUCCUUCCAAACUAAAAGGAAGCAGUAGGAGUAGUCAAGCUUCAAGACUGAAGAAAUUGGAAAUCGAAACGGCAAUAAAGAAGAAAACAUUAGAAAAAGAGCUUAUAGAUCUAGAACUAGCCCUGAAAGUAGCAGAAAUUGAAGAGAAUAGUGAUGAAAGUGAGUCAAUGUCAAUGCAUCAGUCCCAAAAGCCUAACGUGGAAGAUUGGAUCGACGGUAAAACUCCAUGGACAAACGGGCAUGACGGUGAGGAUAAGCAUUCGAUAUUUAUGGUAAAAGAAGAUGAAUUG